UCUCUUGACUAGUCUGUGUAGGCCUACCAAGUAAGGUAAAUCCGAUAACGCUCAACUGCAGCAUAUAUACAUGUGUUCGACAGAUGUACUCCUUAGGUUAAAACCCCUAAAUGUAACGAGGGCAUUGUAAACUAGGCCACAUUGUUACUUACUUCCUCCUCCGCCCCCUUCAACGCAUGAAAAAACGAAACAGAACAUCUCUGAAAUUCUAUCAUCACUGAGAGGAGAGCGUUGAGCAACUGAGAAGAAAGACGCUUCGACUGACAGUGAGAUUUGGAGAAAUGUCAUUUUAUAACCAAGAACCUUUUCAUAAUCCGAGACUCCCUUUCACCGGCACUAUCCAAGGUGGGCUGCAGGAGGGGAAGACGAUCACUAUUACUGGGAAACUUCACCAUGGGGCAGACAGGUUCCAUGUGAAUUUGCAGUGUGGUUCUAGGGCAGGGGCGGACAUUGCCCUUCACUUGAACCCACGAUAUGACAGUCACCCUGGAUAUGUGGUGGCCAACACCUUGCAGCAGUCCAGAUGGGGGACAGAGGAGCGGAAGCAGCAUUCCCCCUUUCAGCAUGGCUCUGACUUCAGCCUCGUGAUCACCGUCCAGAGGGACGGCUUCCAGUUGAAUGCGAAUGGGAACCAUUUCAUGACCUUUAAGCACCGUAUUCCGUUUGACGCAGUGGACACCAUCUCAGUCGAGGGAAAAGUGGAGGUGACCUCCAUCGCCUUCCAGAACCCUGCACCCACCUUUCCUGCACAGCCAGGAUUUCCGGCACAACCUGGACUCCCUUCUUAUCCGGGAUUUCCGGCGCAACCGGGAUUUCCGGCGCAACUGGGAUUUCCGGCACAACCUGGAUUCCCUUCUUAUCCGGGAUUUCCGGCGCAACCGGGAUUUCCGGCGCAACCAGGAUUUCCGCCGCAACCAGGAUUUCCGCCGCAACCGGGAUUCCCUUCUCACCCGGGAUUCCCUUCUCACCCUGGAUUUCCCGCUCAACCGGGAUUUCCCACGCAACCAGAAUGUCCAGCUGUUCCAUACAAGAACAUGAUCAAUGGUGGACUCCACCCUGGACGCACCAUCAACAUCCAGGGAGUGGUUAAACCCAAUGCCAAUAGGUUUAAUGUUAACCUACUCUGCAACUCUGAGAUAGUGCUGCACUACAACCCCCGAUUUGACGAGACCCUAGUGGUACGCAACAGCAAGCUGAGGGACCAAUGGGGAAAGGAGGAGCGCUCUGGUGGAAUGCCCUUCCACAGGGGCCAGGCCUUCACGGUUCAAGUUAAUGCUUCUCAGUCUGUCUAGUAGCUGUCUCAGUCUCCGGUCGUGCUGCUUGGUGUCAUCACCCCAGACAAGAAUGUCAUCCAUGAUUUUCACGACACCUUCCAAAUGCUGGGCGAGGCACCUCUGGAACACCUCUGGAGCGGAUGCGAUACCGAACAGCAGUCUCUUGAAUGAAUACCUCCCAAACGGCGUAUUGAACGUGCAGAGUCGGGAGCUCUCUUCAUCCAGUUGGAUUUGCCAGAAUCCUUGGCAUUUUGUGGGGUUUUGCUAGGCUUAGCGUGCUAAAAUAACUAUAAACUAGAAGGAUUUUACAUUAAUUAAAGUUUAAGCUACUGACUCAUGUAGGCCUGACAAUUUGUCUUUGUUCUCAGAAGUAACAGUUCUCAUAGCCUAACCAUGGGACCACAGCCUGAAAUAUGUGUGUGUAUGCAACAAUGUACAAGGCCGUAAGAUAUGAACAAAAGUGUGAAAUGUGUGUGUGUACUGAGAAGGGUGCUGCCCCGUGUGACCGAAACUGUGCUAAUCUUAGAGAGGCACAUGAGGGGUUUAGAGGGAGGGGGGUGAAUCAGGAGACUGCUGAUUGUGGUGCACAAUGGACAAUAACAGAAACUAUACACACAAAGAUCAUCUCUGCACCCGAAGACAAGUCGUCACAUGCGCUAAGAGGCUAGGACUAGCCUGAGCGCCGGCGAUAGGCUGGGUGAGUCUAAACCACGCCCAGUCUCUACUCUGACAGGCCGGCUCGGAAGCGGGA